AUGGUGGCACGAAACCACGAAGCCUGCUGCAAACAUGCUCCCAAUGGCCACCUCGCAUCUCUGCGUGAUGCAGAAGACUUGCGCUGGUUAGCCCAACACCUUUCAGCUUUACCAGUGCAACAUGUUUGGAUUGGACUAUCUGACCGAGAUAGGGAUGGAAACUGGGAGUGGUCAGAUGGAUCUAAAGCCACGUUCAUGCCUUGGCGAGAGGGGGAACCUGAUGAUUCUGGUGUCAAGUUUUGUGUCUUCUUGUCUCACCAAGACGGUUUUCGGAAAUUUAGAGCUGACCGUUGCCCAUACUACCUGUCCUACGUUUGUGAACAUAAGCCAUAG